AUGCUGCCGAAACCAAAACCAAAACCCCUUUUCUUCUUCUUCUUCCAUCUGGGUUUUCUUCGAUUGUUGAUUAUACUUGUGUUUCCGAUACUACUUACAGAUGCCGCUUGUUCCAGCUCUGAUCGCGAUUCGCUACUGUCAUUCGCCGCCAACUUUCCCACCCUCAAUUGGACUGCCGCCGUCGAUUGCUGUUCAUGGGAUGGGAUUGAUUGCGAUGAUACAGGGGAUCGGGUGGUGGAGUUGUCGUUACCUGAUAGAGGUCUUCGUGGUGUAAUUCCUUCUAAUCUUCAAUCUAUCAACACUCUCUCUCUCCUAAACCUGUCGUGUAAUUUCCUAUAUGGUUCCCUCCCCGAUGGACUUUUCUCCUCUAUGAACAACCUCCGCACCAUUGACGUGAGCUACAAUAGGCUUUCUGGACAGUUACCGGACAUCUUGCCUCCUACAAUCCAAUCGCUCAAUUUCUCCGGUAAUCGUUUCAAUGGCACGAUUCAAGCUGCGUUUUUCCAGUCAACUCCAAGCUUGAUUGCUCUCAAUGUCAGCAACAAUAGCUUCACUGGCGUCAUUCCUCCUUCUAUAUGCGACAACUCACCGGGAUUAGUGAUUCUCGAUUUCGCUUUGAACGACUUCACCGGAAUUAUCCCGUCAGGGUUUGGUGCCUGUUCUAACCUCCAGGUUUUGAGUAUGGGUUUUAACAAUCUCACAGGACAGAUUCCGAUAGAUAUCAACGGCGCUCGAUCGCUGCAAGUCUUAUCCUUACCCGGAAAUUCUCUUACGGGAGAGAUUGAUGAAGGCAUUACUAAUCUCACCAACCUCAAGAGUCUUACCUUGUUUGGUAAUUCGUUAUCCGGCGACAUCCCUCGCAAUAUCGGAAAGCUUUCAUUCCUGGAAAGAUUGGAACUUCACAUUAAUCGUCUCAAUGGCACUCUCCCUCCAUCAUUGAUGAAUUGCACAAAGCUCAAACUGCUAAAUUUGAGGGUCAACUUCUUAGUCGGCAUGCUUUCGGAGUUUGAUUUCUCCAAUUUUAGUCAACUCACCAUUAUUGACCUCGGUGAAAAUCAAUUCAACGGAGUUCUACCAAAAACCCUUUUCACCUGCAAAUCACUUACCGCAAUUCGACUGGCCAAUAAUAGGCUAGAAGGAGAACUGUUGGAUGAUGUUCUCCAGUUACCAUCGUUAUCCUUCCUCUCGCUUCCAAACAACACCCUGAAGAACAUCUCAAACGCAUUCAAUAUUCUGAAACAGCACCAGAAGCUCGCCACUCUGAUUCUCUCCAAGAACUUCUUCUACGAAACCCUACCCGACGGAGAAAUGUCCGGGUUUUUAAAACUUAAGAUUAUGGGGCUAGGUGGUUGCAAAUUGUUUGGUCAAAUUCCGACAUGGCUGAGUUCGUUACAGAAGCUCCAGGUAAUCGACCUCUCUCAAAAUAACAUCAAUGGCACAAUCCCCGGCUGGCUGGAAACCCUACCAAAUCUUUUUUAUCUCGAUUUAUCUAACAAUUCUCUUUCUGGAACCUUCCCUAUUGAGCUUACUAGACUCCCAGCACUUGGCUCACAACAAGUGCUCGACCAUGUAAACAGUAGUUACUUAGAACUCCCUGUAUUCGUCCAACCCCAAAACGCUUCCUAUUUACAAUACAACCAGCUCGCCACCCUCCCGCCGGCCUUAUACCUAGCAAGCAACCACCUCACCGGCGACAUACCAGUUCAGGUCGGUCAUCUCCAGUCAAUUCACACCCUUGACCUCAGUCGAAACAAUUUCUCAGGCACCAUUCCAAGUUCAAUCUCAAAUCUAACAAACUUGGAAAAGCUCGACCUCUCUUACAAUCUCCUAUCUGGUGAGAUCCCUUCUUCACUUAAAAGCCUCAACUUUCUAUCUUCUUUCAAUGUCGCAAACAACAAUCUUCAAGGUCCUAUCCCUACCGGAGGCCAAUUCGGGACCUUUAUGAGCCCAAGCUACGUAAACAACCCAGGGUUAUGCGGCCCUCCCAUCGACACCCUUUGUGGGAACCAAAAUCGAUCAAACACAACAGAUUCUUCACGCAGAAAAGGCCCCAACAAGAAAAUGAUAGUCGGACUAAUUUUAGGCAUCUGUUUUGGAGUUGGCAUCACUUUAACUUGUGUCGCGUUAUUCAUACUAUCCAAAAGACGGAUCCUCCCAAGAGGUGACCCGGAGGUCUUCCACAUGGAUAUGACCUCCUUCAAUUCCACGUCAGCAGUUGAAGUCCCUAAAGACACAAGUGGAGUCAUUUUGUUCCCAAACAACAUGACUCCAGACACCAAGAACCUAACAAUUUCAGACAUCUUAAAAGCAACUGACAAUUUCAGUCAAGCAAACAUAAUCGGGUGUGGUGGAUUCGGCUUAGUCUACAAAGCAACUUUACCAAAUGGAACAAAACUAGCAGUCAAGAAACUCUCAGGAGACAUGGGUUUAAUCGCUAGAGAAUUCAAAGCAGAAGUGGAAGCAUUAUCAACAGCUCAACACAAGAAUCUCGUAUCCUUACAAGGUUACUGUGUACACGAUGGAUGCCAGCUGUUAAUAUAUUCCUACAUGGAAAACGGAAGCUUAGAUUUCUGGCUACAUGAAAAGACAGAUGGAGCAUCAAGACUCGAUUGGCCAACAAGAUUGAAAAUCUUGCAAGGUGCAAGCUGUGGACUUUCUUACAUGCAUCAAGUAUGUGAACCACAUAUUGUGCAUCGUGACAUAAAGUCAAGCAACAUUCUUUUAGAUGAACAAUUCGAAGCAUAUGUUGCAGAUUUCGGAUUAUCUAGACUAAUUCAUCCCUACAAUACACAUGUCACAACCGAAUUGGUGGGUACCCUGGGGUAUAUUCCACCUGAAUAUAGCCAGUCAUGGAUAGCCACUUUAAGAGGAGAUAUAUAUAGUUUUGGGGUUGUCAUGCUUGAGCUACUCACCGGAAAAAGACCCAUGGAGAUUUUCCGGCCAAAAGCUUCAAGAGAAUUGGUGGUUUGGGUGAAUCAGUUGAGAAGAGAAGGGAAACAAGAUGAAGUGUUUGAUACCCUUUUGAAAGGUAAAGGGUUUGAAGAAGAGAUGUUGCAGGUUCUUGAUGUUGCAUGCAUGUGUGUGAAUGUCAACCCUUUGAAAAGGCCAAGUAUUAAUGAAGUUGUUGAUUGGCUUCAUAAUGUUGAGUUCAAUAAUCAGAUACCAAAGCCUUGA